CCUGUAGCCGCUUUUGAUUGGUUGUUGAAGCAGCCGCUCGCAGAGAACGUUCCAGUUUCAAAAAGCUGCGGCAAAGCAGAGUCCGUCAGCUCGUCCCAUCGCCAGGAGUCAUGUGCAACAGAAUGAAGUGUGAAGGAACAGGGAAAAGCGCUACUGUUUACUUUGCCGCAGCUGUUAUUCUGACGUGUUAUUUGGCGCACACGGUAGACUGUAAUCGACUGAAGAAAACGGAGUGGCGGAAAGAAGCCGAUGCAGCCAGAAGGAUAGGUUUCACAGAGGGGCAAAUUGUGUUCGGGAGAGUUUUUGAGAAAGGGUCAGGUCUUGGGUCACAAGUCACACACCGGACCAAUAAGUUGUCCUCAAACGCAUCUGUAGAGGAGGACGCUGCAUAUCAAGCCGACUCUGCAGGCUGGGUGAAAGGACGAACACCACAUGCUAAUUCUAGAGAAGCCGCAUGGAAGCGCAUGUCUCCCUCCUUGCAGUGUGGUUGGGACCAGUUAAAGUUCAGAGCAGUGGGACCAGGAGCAUUACGGUUUGCUGUGGAACAAGUCCCUUCCACCUGUGGCUACAGCAUGCAGAGGAACUCUCUUGCGCUUGUCAUGUUGGUUCCCUAUGAUGGCUGCAACGUGGUUCAAGAGGUUGGAAGUUAUGUGCUCCUUAUGCAUUGGCAGGGAAGUCCAGUCUCACUCUGGUGUCCCAAACCUCCAACACCUGCACCAACCACUGUACAAUCAGCAGCCACAGAUCCUCUUCCUUUCUACCCACUGCAAGGUCUACCAUAUUUCUUUCCUCCAUAUCCUAUCAAUCCCCAAUAUCCAACUCCUGAGCCAGAGACUACUACACCAAUGGCUCUCCCUGAACAACCCCAAGAUCCUUUCAAUCCAAGAUCUUUCAAUCCCCAAUAUCAAAUUCCUGAGCCAGGGACGACGACACCACCACCAACUGUCCCUGAACGUCACCGCGUCCACUUUCCCCAUUAUUUUUACAAUCCCCAGUAUCCUUUCUAUCCCCAACAUCCAACUCUUAAACUAGAGACGACAACGACACCACCACCAAAGGCUCGCCCUGAACGACCCCAUGUCCCUCGAUAUCCUUUCCAUCCCCAAUAUCCGACUCGUAACCUAGAGAUGACACCACCACCAAAGCCUUGCCCUGAACGACCCCAUGUAUACUUUCCUCGAUAUCGUUUCAAUCCCCAAAAUCCAACUCGUAAACUAGAGAUGACGACACCACCAACGUCUCGCCCUAAACGACCCAAUGUCCGCUUUGCUCAAUAUCCUUUGCAUCCCCAAUAUCAUUUCAAUCCCUGAUAUCCAACUCCUGAGGCAGAAAUGACCCCAACUACAUCAAAGAAAAUGGCUCAACUUCAGCACGUUCACCUUAAAUUUCCUUAUAUCCUCAGUUCUAUCUCCCUUAUUCAGGCUACCCUUCUAAUAAAUGGUUUGAGUAAGUGACUGA